ACAAGUUCCUUUUGUUAUUGAAAGGUGACACGUGGAUUUCGAAGCGAACACGCCCUACAUUCAACCGCAGUUUUUCUACUAAUCUUACGAAGGGUAUACUAGUCGAAAUAGAUAGAGAUUUGUCUCCUGAAUGAGUUGUUAUUUUUGACGUUGAUGUGAAUGCGCUGGGACCCUCUCCCUCUACACUGAAAAUGGCGCGAAUGAUAUAUUUUGCUUUUCUCGUGAUCGUCUGCGCAGUGUCGGUGUCUUCAUCACCAGCAGAACUAGAGCUGACCAAAGAGAAGGUAGGGUACCAGUCCGAGACAGGUUGGAAAUCACUUCAGCCAGGCAAUAACCGUAUGGGUCUAUCCCCGCAAUCGAUAAGAGAAAAAGGUCGUAUGUUAUUCUCCAGCUUCCGUCAGAGAUCCAAAACCUUACUAACGAUGAAACUUGAAGAAUGGAAGUCUGCUGGCAGGCUUGAAGAGAAUGAAGAUGUUGCGGAGAAAUAUCGACAUGUUGAGAAGGAAGCCGAAUAUGAAAUCAAACAGCGCAUCGUCGAUGCCAUGAAUGGAGAUGAACCAGUGGUUGAUCCCGAUAUCCCCCGUCAAUCCGAGGAGGUCACUGCUUUAUUCAUGAGGGCGCUCUUUGCUUCAACGUAUGCCGAGCAGACAAGUAAAGAAGAUGACAUGAUGCGAAUACUCAAAAGCAUUUUAGAAAACGAAGAGCAUUGAUUCAUUGAAAAGUACUACGCGUAUAUGAAUACAAUGAGCUUUUGUUUUUGUUUUAUAAUCAGAGUGACAAACUUAGAUUUUGAAAAUAGUAAUCAGUGUCGUAAAAAAAAAUAUUGAAAUGCAACGUGCGAAAAUGAGUGGUGUCCAUUUUCAAAAUUAGCGAAAAAAAUUUCAUUAACCGUUAGUAAUUGCCGUUUUAUGCGUAAACCUUGAUCUUAAAUUAUCAAACUUACUUGAAAAGUCGAACCGAAUUGAGUUGAAUAUUCUCUCCAAUUAAACCUGCCAAAAUCAUGCUGUUAAUUUAUUGCAAUACAAAUGAUACCAAAAUAUGAGCUGUUUAUUUACACCAUGCGUGACAUUUGUCGAAGAGUGAAACCUUGCUGCAAAAUUACUGAAUGAAAUUAUUUUGUUUCAAGCAGGGGCCGCGGAACCGGAAAGGGGUGCUGCGGGUACUUCAGCCCCCACACCUUUAUCCAAAACUGUGUACAAAAACAUAUAAAUUACCAUCUGAAUAUGAUUUUUCGCAUGGUCAGCCCCCUCCCCCCAUUUUCAAAACCGUUCCGCGGCCCCUGUCAAGUUGACGAUUGGUCUGUUGCUUCGUAAUUAUUUAAGACAUUUGAACUUUUUUCCCAUGGAAAUUCACUCAAAUAUCUCGAGCGCUAUAGUGUAUUUAUGUUUUCUCUUUUAAAAAUUUCUACAUUUGUGUAUUUUCAUCUUUCCGGUGUGGAGAAUGGAUGGGAAUGGAAAUAGUUUUUAGUCUUAUUAUUUUGUAAAUUGAUUUCUAUGAUAGUUUUAAUGGUAAUUUAUUUUACUGGCAUUUAUAUAAUAAGUCCCGUCACCUAUUAUGUAUUCAGGAUUUCGUACAACCUGUCCACUUGCCUACAACCUGUCACUGUUAUAACUGUACAUUAUCAUACAUGAAAAGCCAUUUAUGAUGAGUAGAACUAGUACUGCUAACAAAGUACAAAACAUAUAAAUCUUCCAAUUCGUUUUAUUCCCUUUAUGUGUCACGUUAAUUUAAUUAGUUGAUCUAGGCCUACUAUAUUACAACGGAUUUUUUUUUUUCAAUUUCAGUUUCCUCUUUUUCAUUCUUCAUUUAAAUAUUAUGGAUAUAGAUAUAAAUAUGUAUAUUCAUAUGUAGAUAUAGAUACAUAACUUAUUUACAUCAAUGUUAUCAAUUACAUGCAUUGAUGUGUUGUCAUAUGAUAUAUUAUAGAGGAGACAUGGAAUAUCUGGUGCAAUUUGUCAUCUUUUUAAUUACUUAUUUGCAUUAUAUUAUCACAAUUUGCUGUUUGCUGUUUUGUUUGCAGUAUAUCAUUUUAAAUUGUUAAGUAAAGUGUUAGGUAAUAGAUGCAUCAUAUCAAGUCAAAGUGCUCAUUUCAUAUCAUUGUUAACAGUUGACAAAUAUUUGUGAAUGAAAUAAAUGAAUUUCGUAUUUUAAA